CACUGGCAUGCUCACACAAGCUUGAAGAGCUGCCAUUUUCCAUCAAGGAAGUACCAUUCUGAAUUCACAGGACUGUGGAAAGGAAACUGUCCUGUGUUCCAUGCUCAUGGCUUUAUUUAUAGACUGAAAGACUAAUUCGGUAUUCAAAGAAGAGCAGACAGGGGACAACUUCACAGUAACAGCCCACACUACUGAGAAAAACUGAGCACCUUGUGACAUCUGCACCUCACCUUCUGGGCCUUUUGAGCUACUUAUCCGGGUCUGGUGUGUCUGUCUGUCAGCAGAGAGAUGCCCAAGGCAAAAGGUCCACAAGGGAAAAGGAUCACCUUGAAAGUGGCAAAAAAUUCAGUCCGGGUACUUUUUAAUGGAAGGCGUCGUCUUGAGUUAAGCAAAAUGGGCAUUGCCGUCUUCCCCAAGUGCCUUCUGGAGCUGGCUGAUGUGGAGGAAAUUGAUUUGAGCAGAAACAUGUUAAGAAAGAUUCCAAACAUCAUUGAGAAGUUCCAGAAUCUGAUGUGGCUGGACCUGCACAGUAAUCAGAUUGAUGAGCUGCCCGCAGCAAUAGGCACGCUUCGCAACCUUACUUACCUGAAUUUAUGCAACAACAAGUUGACCACAAAAGGUCUGCCAGAAGAGCUGACCCUUCUCAAGAACCUGCGUACUCUCAACCUUGGCUUAAACUGUCUUGAGACUAUUCCCACCACUCUUGGCUCCCUGAAGGAACUUAUUGAGCUAGGUCUCUUUGACAACUCCUUGACCAUCAUCCCAAAGAGUGUGAAAAAGCUCCCCAAGCUUGAGAGGCUGAAUGUAAAAAGAAACCCUUUACCAGAAUUUGCAAAGGAAGAUGAGCCAAUUGACACCAUUAAACGCAUAGAAUCGCUUUACUUAGUAGAAAAGAAAGACCUGUGCAAUUCCUGUGUGCAGACAUGUCAGGGUGAGAGGGACGAGCUGCACAAGUUAGAGGACAUGACACCCGGCCCCUCAGAUAAGCCAAGUUUCCCUUCACUCACUACACCCAAUUCCACUGCAAUAGAUAACCAAGAAGAAUGGAGAAUGAAAGACGACAAUCUUUGAAAUAUACCAAGGCACUCUAUAGACCAUGUUGCAUGAAGUCCAGCCCAAGCAAAUAAAAAAACUGA